ACUGAGCCUAGGGCUUGCUGAUCAGAAGGUCGGCGGUUCGAAUCCCUGUGACGGUGUGAGCUCCCGUUGCUCGGUCCCAGCUCCUGCCAACCUAGCAGUUCGAAAGCACGUCAAAAUGCAAGUAGAUAAAUAGGGCAAGUAGAUAAACAGCAGUAAGGUAAAUGGCGUUUCCUUGUGCUGCUCUGGUUCGCCAGAAGUGGCUUUGUCAUGCUGGCCACAUGACCUGGAAGCUAUACGCCGGCUCCCUCGGCCAAUAAUGCGAGAUGAGCGCGCAACCCCAGAGUCGGUCACGACUGGACCUAAUGGUCAGGGGUCCCUUUACCAUUACUAGGAAGCAAAAUGUAAAAAGAAAAAGUGCUCAAAGAAUACAGACGUUCUGCAUUGACAAGGGAAGUACACUCAAGAAGUUAAUAACAAGCACGAAAUAGAUGAUUAAAAUUAGAAAAACAAUAAAAUACAAGGCAAAUGCAUUGAAUAAAAAUAACUUUAGAAAUGAUGAGGACCAAGGCACGAUAUUUCUAGAAGCAGUAGUAAUGUACUGGGGGUAGUUUCUCCCAUAGCAUGCUGGAAAUUGAUCAAAAACAUGGUCUUGCAUUGCAUAUUUGGCCCUACAUAAGUUGUUGGAUUAUCAACUUUCAACAACCCCAGAUAGCAUGGUCAGGGGUGAUGGGUGUUGUAGUGCAGCAGCAUCUGAAGGGCCACACAUUUCCCAUCCAUGGUGUAAAACUACAGAACUAUAUGCAAGAAUGCAUACAUACCGGUAUGUACUUUAUUGCAUAAUAAAAAAAGCCACCACAAUCUAUAAGUAUGGCACUGUUUAAAUAGGAACAUGUGUAGCAAUGAUAAUCCAAUAACGAGAUGGAGACAAGGCUGAGUUCCCAAAGGACAACCCCGGGCGGAGCUCGGGAGCCUGUAUUUAUUGACAGCAACUUUGACAGCUAAUGAUUAACUUGAAAUGCAGCUUCCAACCAAUUACAGAGUAUAACCUCAUGCAUAGUAAUGUACAGGUACAUGUCACUUCCUGCCAACACCCCAAACUCCGCCAUGAAGGAAGUGCACAUCCCACACAUCAUGUACCUGUCACAUGCCUUGCUCUUUAAACAUCCCCCUCCUCUCAAUCUUGUGACUUUCAGUACUUUUCCAUGCUUUUACCUGCUUGCAUUGUUUUCUCCUUAACCCAAGUGUGACCCAUCCUGGUCUUCUCCUGUCAAGCCUGCUUCAGCCAGAUCUAUCCCAAUCUUUCCAGAUCCACCAAGCCUCACCCAGUACAACUGACCUAUGCCUUCACCUCCUGACCUGUCAUUGUACUGGCUUGCCAGUAUUACACUUCCUAAUCCUAAAGGACCGGCAGGUGUGCCACGCCAUGUUUCUAAAUCAACCCUACAAACAUGUUUUAACAAUUCACAACAGUACCCACCCUACAGGCUAAAAACAAAAGGUGGGAUCACAAAUAAUAGACAUACUGAGGUGUACUGCUGACAGAGCAAGCCAACUAAGAAAUAAGUCCUACUGCAUUCAGUAGAGCUUACUCCCAGGUAAGUGGGGGUUAGGACUGGAGCCUUGUAUUUUUCAUAUCAAGUGAGUUAUCAAAAUCAAAACAUCUCAGUGUCUUUUAAAUGCUGGGAUCAGAAUUCCUUACUUUCCAGAACAAAUUUUGCAGCCCUCAAUAUGAUUGAAAAUAUUUUUUUUUCAAGGAGAAAGCAUAUUUCUCUAUUGGGCUGUACAUAAGGAACUGCAACAAACCAGUUCAUGGAAAGGUAUACAGUACACAAAUUUGAUCUUUGUAAUUGUGCAGUAGAAACUACCAGGAAUGGGGAAAAGAGAUUUCAGGUAAAAGCCAAAAGGUACCUGGAAAUCCAAGCUGUGCUUGUUAAAGUAGGAACUCAUUCAAUUGACCAUAUUCAUCAUAAAACAAUACAUGAUUCUUCAAUAUUGAUUUUGCACAACUGAGCUAUCUGGGAUGGUUCUUUUAAUCACAUGAACCCUCCUUGGUCCAUGUCCCUCUGGUAUACUCAAAAGAGUUGAAGUAGUUUUGUUUCAAGUAUUCAGUUUAGUAAGUAUGGGGAGCAAAAUAUUUAAAAAAUAUUUCAUUGCCUUCCUUUGAUUGUUUUAGUAAAAACGCAGUUGUGUGCAUCCCCCCCAUCCCUUUUGUUUUCUCGUUGUGUCUUAAAAAUCAAAUGCAAACUUGUUCUUUGCUUUUACAUAAGCUUACCAAUACACUUCUUUAUUCAAAGGCCGCUAAGUGAGUAUUUGUUGUUGUUGAACAACAAACUGGCAAAUCAAGGCUCUGAAAUAGAUUUCAAUUAUUAUAACAAUGUUAAGCUGUCAUGUUUUUAACAGAUCCAUAUAAAGUUAAUCACAUAGAAUAAAUAAAAUAUGGAACAAAGGGUGAUAACGAGAAGCAGCGAUGUGAGACAGGCAAAAUAUUGGAAAUGUCAGCUUUAAUGUGCCCAUCACUUUAUGAUUUAUAUCUCAUUCUACUCUGGUCUCUCUGUAGCUACUGCUGUAGAGGGAGCUUCAUUAAUAAUGACUUUAGAGGUUUGUAGUAAUAUUCAGCAAAUUGCAGCGACUUGCAGAGGCGAGUGAAAUGAUGCCAUUCCAUAUCAAAUUAUAAGGGGGUAAAAGGCAGUAAUGAUCAGGAUCUAAGCACUCCGGUAAACUAAUAGAGCAGUGGUGGGGAACCCAGAGCCCUCCAGGUGUGUUGAACUACAUCUCCAAUCAUCCCUGACCGUUGGCUAUGCUUACCUGACACGAUGGGAGUCCAGUGACACCUGCGGGACUGCAGGCUUCCGACCCUGGUAACAGUCUACGUCAAUAUUGCUUGUUUCUCUGCUGCAGUUCAAGAUGCACAAAAGGCUUUAGCUCAGGCAUCCUCAAACUGCGGCCCUCCAGAUGUUUUGGCCUACAACUCCCAUGAUCCCUAGCUAACAGGACCAGUGGUCAGGGAUGAUGGGAAUUGUAGUCCAAAACAUCUGGAGGGCUGAAGUGUGGGGUUGCCUGCUUUAGCUAAUUGCUUGAAGGCUAGUUUGUUGAUGGCCUGUAAAGGCCUGUGCAUUUUGGACAUAUGCUGCGACAGUAGGACCAUGUGUUUGCAUCCUUCUCACUUGUGUGCAUGUGCUGCUGUGUGCUGAACAUGGCACACACAUAACUAGGGAGGGGAGAGAAAUUCUAUUCAGCUCACAUUCAGGGGUGAAAAUACCUAAUUCACACUUUCCAAAGCAAUACGCAUAGGCAUCUUUAGAAAUUUGCACUUCUCCCAACUUUGCAAUGAAGUCAUCCAGCCAAGUAAUGUGUGUAAAAAUGCAUAUGUUGAGGUAAAGUAUACACGGAGAGGCAUGUAUUAGUGAAAGUCACAUACAGAAAUGCAUUGCAUUCGGGGAAAUUGCUGUGAAGAAAAUGUAUAUUAGGCAAAACUGCAUAUAAACUUGUGUAUAUUAAGGUAAAUUUGGAUUAAAAUGCUGAUGAAUUUUUGUGGGGUGGGGGGAGCAGUUCACAAGCUAAUGUGGAAACUGAAUUUAAGAGAGGAACAACUAGAAACUGAGAACCCAGAUUUGACAGAUAGCCCAUCCCUAUACAUGGCACAUGUAAACUGUAAAAAAAUUAAAAAAUUAAAAUUUGCCUUUAAAUAUACAGUUGUGCCUCGGAAGUUGAACACCUUGUGAGUCAAACGUUUUGGCUCCCAGACACCACAAACCCAGAAGUGAGUGUUCCGGUUUGCGAAUGUUCUUUGGAUCCGGAACGUCUGAUGCAGGUUCCACGGCUCCCAAUUGGCUGCACGAGCUUCCUGCAGCCAAUUGGAAGCCGCACUUUGGUUUUGUAAGUCGAACGGACUUCCAGAAUGGAUUCGGUUCAACUUCCAAGGUACUCUUGCCUGCCUGUUUUUACUCAGAAUGCUGCUAUAUUUCUUGGUGUGCGUUUUUUACCUGCCUGCAAUGAUGACGAAGCCUUCAAAUAACCUAAUUGGUUAAACAUUAAGUCUUUGGCUGCUGGUGCUCUCUCUGUUCAAAGCACAUUAAAGACCUGUGCUGAGACUAUUAACUAACAAAAGAUACACACCACAGAUUUUUGGUUUUGAGAAAAGACCACAGUUUUCUUCCUUUCUGCGAGUUGUGAUGGUGGCUUUAUGAAAAAUGUAUGUUUGCAUAAAGCAGCAUGAAUUCUUAAAGAAGACAAGCGGUGGAAUGUGUAAUGACUUGGGCUUGAUAAGUUGCAAUUUGUCCUGUGAAGAAUUCAAUCCAUUAUUUUAGUGCUGUAAGGCAAGUGCUUCCUAUUAGGAUCAUUCCGCCUGGUACCCUUGCACACUGCAGUGCCAGCCAUUGUGAAGCUUCUGGCCUGGCCUUUGCCCUUCAUAAAAUACUGCGCCCUGGAGAACGUGUUUGCUCCUUGGGGAGAUAACCUAUUGGAAAGCACUACGGUUACUGUGUACACCAUUGACAUCUCCACAGCCCCGGAAUUUGAAAGCUGCAAGUUUAUAACUGCAAUCAUGGGUUUGGUCCAAGGGACCAUGAGCAGAAGGAACACAGCUGCAAGGGCUGUUUGCAGUAACUGUUAGGAUCUCCUACUCAAGAGUAGGACCCUGGCAGAGACACAUGCUCAACAGGCAUGUUCCCUCCCUCCUGGUCGAUCGUUCGGGAGCUUCAAAAGCUUUCUUCAGCCCGAACAUCACAGCGACUGAUGCCAAUAAACAUCAGCACACUUAUGGAUUCGCAGAGUUUGCGCAGUUGCGUGACAGAACUCAGCAACUCAGCAUUUUGGCUAAUCUACUUUUAUUUACAUAUAAACACACAUGGAGCACUGCAACAUGGCUCCCUCUCUCUCUAGCAUCAGGUAGCAAAGAGAAUGAACAAAGGACAAUAGCCGUACUUCAGGGAACACAGUAACACAAACAUCCUGUCUUCGUCACUUCCCACUCUGUGGAGUCAAAACAUACACCGUCAUGUAAUAGACAACAAUCCCAUGACUGCAGACACAGGGAGUGAAUCUUCAACAACAACAUGGCAGUUUGUGUAGUGCCAUCCGGAUGCUCACCCUCUUGCAAGCAGAACACUGCCUCUGGAAUUUCACAUUUUCUCAUGCAAUGCUCUAGACUAGAGCAGGGGUAAUCAACGUGGUGAUCUCCAGGUGAUCUUGAGCUAUGACUCCCAUCAUCCUAUAUGAAGUUGGCUCGGAAACUACAACUAAUCCAGAAUGCGGCAGCUAGACUGGUGACUGGGAGCAGCUGCAGAGACCAUUAUCACACCGGACCUGAAAGACCUACAUUGGCUCCCAGUACGUUUCUGAGCACAAUUCAAAGUGUUGGUGCCAGCCUUUGAAGCCCUAAACGGCCUCGGCCCUGUAUACCUGAAGGAGUGUCUCCACCCCCAUCGUUCAGCCCGGACACACAUCCAGCACCGAGGGCCUUCUGGCAGUUCUCUCUCUGCGAGAAGUGAAGCUACAGGGAACCAGGCAGAGGGCCUCCUUAUGUUGAGUGGUGCAGUUUAUCAAUAGACCCGAGAUUCUCCAGUAAUUCCUUUGCUCAGGCACCAAUCUGCUUGAUGUUAGACUGAGGAACAGAGGAAGCUGUCUUAUACCAAACCAGACAAUUGGUCUAUCUAAGCCCGGUAUCGCCUGUCCUGAAUCGCAGCAGCAUUCCAGGGCCUCAGGAAGAGGUACCCUCCUAGCCCUACCUGAAAAUACCAGGGAUUGAAGUUGGAUCCUUCCGCAUACAAAGAAGCAUAUGAACUACCAUUGUCUUCAUGGUCCUUCAGAGAGAGAGACAGAGACAGAGAGAGAGACUGGUAUUUUGAUGCUUUCUUCCAGUGCUUUAGAUAAAGAGCGAAGAAAUAGCUGCAUUCGUCAAAACAAGUAAAAAGGCUGCUUGUACUUUUGACCUAGUUUCCUUUCUCUCCCCACCCUUUGAGCCAGCUUUUUCUUUUGUCAACAAAAAUUAUGAUUUCUUUGGGAACAAGACAUCCGGUUCCUCUUUCUAGGAGUCUGACUGUCUCUCUGCAACUGUCUCUCUUCACUCUUUGGAGUCCAACAGGCUGGGUCACUGCUUGAGGGCUGUACGAAUGACCUGUGGUUUCUGAAUCCCCAACUGGCUGCUGCAGUAUGACCUUUCACUGACCCUCUCCGGAAGAAGCACAACUUCUCCCCCUCAGUUACUCAUGUGCAUUCUGUUCUUUAAGUUUGACCCGCGACCUGUUUCCAAAAAUGCAUACAGGCUUAUCUUAGCAGCUAACAGAGAUGAAUUUUAUCACAGACCAUCAAAAUCGGCCGACUUUUGGGACGGCAGCAAUGAGAUCCUCAGCGCAGGUUUGGAUAUGGAGGAAGGAAAAGAAGGUGGGACGUGGCUUGGAAUCAGCAAGAAAGGUAAAUUGGCAGCCCUGACGAACUACAUGCAGCCAAAGACAGACAAGAAUGCAAAAGGAAGAGGUGCCCUCGUGACAAAUUUUUUGACUUCGGAUCUGGACAGUUACUCUUACUUGAAGAAAGUGGCCUUAGAAGGACACCUUUACAAUGGAUUUAAUUUAAUAGCAGCAGACUUGAACACCACCAAAGGAGAUGUAAUUUGGUAUUACGGAAACAAAGGCGGCCCAGAACCUGUCUUCUUGAAUCCCGGGGUAUAUGGCCUGAGCAAUUCUUUGCUGGAUACACCUUGGAAAAAGCUUCAGUAUGGAAAGCAGCUUUUCACAGAUGUCAUCAGGCACAGCCAGGACCUUGUGAAGGAAGAUCUGGUCCAAGAGCUCAUUAAAGUGAUGAAUAACCAAGACCCUCAGCUGCCAGAUCCCGCAAUUGAGGAUCAAGGAAAGGACUACGUCCUCCCCAUCUUGAACAAGUAUGCAGCUGUAUGCGUUCGCUGUCCCAAUUAUGGAACCAGGACAAAUACAGUUAUUCUCAUUGAUGCGGUAGGACACGUCACCUUCACCGAGCGCACCAUGCUGAAUGCGGACGUCGACCAGUGGAAAACAAGCACCUACCAGUUCAAACUGCAGAUCUGACAGCUCUUCGUGUGAAUGGGUCACACCAAAAAGGGGAGAAGGGGAGGUUGGCAAAGUGCAAUCUAUUGAACUGUAGGGGUGCGGAAGGCCUUGGCUGCAGCUUUCAUACAGCAAAGGCUUGUCGAUGCUGCGUUCCACACCCUAGUGACCACCAAAACCCUUUUUCUUUUUCUUUUUUCACAAAAUCCAAAGCAGAAAAAUCUGAACGGGAAAAGCUGGGCUAUAUUUAAGAAGCAAGCCACAUUUUGCACAAGUGUACAUGUUUGACUUUUGAAAGGGAUGAUGUUAGGUAACACAGUUACGUGGCGCAAGUAUUUAACUUGAGAAUCAUGUGUGUGGAAGGGGAUAAAUAGGAACUGUGGAUAAUCAUGGACAGCAUUUCCUGUUUGCUCGGUCAAAGGGGAAGGCAGAGUUGGUAAAAUAAAAUGCAAGGGGGGGGAGAGUUGGUAAACUAAAAUGCAAAUCUGUAAAAAAGGGGGGGGAGGCACAAUUCGGAAUUGGUGAUGCCCUGCUAGUUUCUGUCCACUGGCACUGGAGUGUACUCCUGCCCAUGCAGAGCUCAGCUUUUGCGCAUUCAGAGUUGGCCUUAACAUUGAAGUGAAUGGGAUAGUCUCUGCUCCCACACAAACCCUACCUAUAUGUUGACAUCCUGAUGGAACUUCUGCAGUAAGCCGGCCCCUGCCCCCUCCCAACUGCUAAAAUGAAUUAGCCUAGAAAGGUUAAAAUCAAUACAUGUUGAUUUUAACUCUUUUGCCAAGCACUUCUAAGGUAAGAGUGUCUUUGUAAAAAAUAAAAAAAAUCAAGUUGUGUCCUGUCUGCUUUUUAAGGCAGAUUUAAAAAAAAAAAGAGUUGUGAGGAGAGCUGGAACCCCCUUUUCUCAUCAUAACUGAAUGUAUAAUUUUGCAGCCUUUGACGUGUGAAUAUAUGUAUGUUUCAGUGUUGCAAUAUGUGCGAUUAUAGGCAAGAUGGCAACUGCUCUCUCGAUCUUACGCUCUCCAAGAGAACAAAGCUAAGGCUGGGUUUUAUUUUUAAUGUGAAUGUUGCUUUGCAUCUAACACCUGAGUGAUGUAACACAGGAAGUCGGCUGCAGUUCUAGUGUACCCAUUUAGCUGGGAGCAAGCCCCAUGGAGCCAUAUGCACGGCACUGCUAAUGCCUGCUUUGUGGGGUCCUGGGGAGGGCCUUAAAAAUAGACUCUCGGUUGCCAUUCAUAAUCCUGCAACUUCAUCGUCUCCUUGUCUCCUCCAGGCAGACGCUCAAGUGCUGUUAAUUGUGCAUAUUUUCCAGUGCAAUCAGGUGAACUGGGAGUAAUUACUACUGGACCGGUGUAUACAGGAUUCAGUGGGAGGCUGGGUGAAUGGGGGAAUGCCCCGCCAAGCUCAGCCAGCCCCUGCCUGCCUGCCUACUGACAACCAGCCCACUCGCCACCUGUUGGCUUCCUCCCCUUAGUCUCAGUGUUGCCCCUUGCAGACCUUGGCAGGGGAAAGGAUGGAGACGAUACCAGAAUUAUGAUGGAGGCAAAAGCAGAAUUAGUUGGCUGCACCUGCCAUUGGCAGUGGGCAACAGUAAUCCUGCAAACUGCAAUCCUGAGUGAGCUUUCUAUGGAGUGAGGCUCAUUGAACUCCGUAGUACUUCCUCCAGAGCAAAUGCCAAAUUGCUUUUCAAUUAGACAGCAGGAGUUUGGAGGAGUCGCUUAAGUGAAGGAACCUUAAGUCUGCAGUUAAGUUUCCUCUGCAUUUAAAUCAGCAGACAAGGCAUUAUAUGUAAGAAUGGAUUGCUAUUCAUUCCCCGCCCCCCUUCUCCCUUCUGUCUCUUGUACAACAUAUUAUUUCUCUAUUAGUAUUCCGCAAGUUGCAUAAGUGACUGAAGUUUUCGCUUUUCUUACACGUCCUGCAGAUUUCAUCAGCCGCUUAGCCUCUGUGUCGAGGGCUUCGAUAGCAACUUCAGGUGUGAGGCUUCUUGCAGCAUAGCCUGUACAGCGGUACCUCGGGUUAAGAACUUAAUACGUUCUGGAGGUCCGUUCUUAACCUGAAACUGUUCUUAACCUGAGGUCCCACUUUAACUAAUGGGGCCUCCCACCACCGCCGUGCCACCGGAGCACGAUUUCUGUUCUCAUCCUGAAGCAAAGUUCUUAACCCGAGGUACUAUUUCUGGGUUAGCGGAGUCUGUAACCUGAAGCAUCUGUAACCCGAGGCACAACUGCAAUGCGUUGGGAAAUGUGCGGUUAGGAGAAUGGCGACAGGAUCGCAGGGUGCUGUUCCCAGAAUGGGACAGGAGCAGUUAUAGGAGCAUAGGAAGCGACUCUACCCCAAGGCAAACCCAUCAGUCCAUUGGACUCAGUUCUGUCCCUGCUGACGAGCAGAGGCUGUUCAGGGUUUCAGAUGUGGAAUAUUCCCAGCCCUGCCUGGAGAUGCUAGGGAUUGAACCUGGGGCUUUCUGCAUGCAUGCAUACGAAGCAAAUCCUCUUCCACUGAGCUACAGAGGCUGAAUCCUCACUGAAGUAUGUGUGGGAAUGGGUUGUGUUGCAAGGUAAUGAGUAAAAGAGAUGGAGUGGUCUGGGGGUGGGGGUGGGGGUGGGGCGGUCCAUGCAUCAGGCUUGCCACAGGGAACACUGAUAUUACCCCAGCAUUUCCCACAAUGCACAGGCGAUGUGAAAAUAUCACACAUGGGUGUGCACAUCCUUAAACACCACCACACUAGCAUCUUCAGAUACAGUCAUACCUCAGUUUAAGUACACCUCGGUUUGAGUACUUUCAGUUUAAGUACUCCGCAGACCUGUCUGGAACGGAUUAAUCCAUUUUCCAUUACUUUCAAUGGGAAAGUUCGCUUCAGGUUAAGUUCACUUCAGGUUAAGUACGGACUUCCGGAACCAAUUACACUCAUACCUCGGGUUAAGUACGCUUCAGGUUGAGUACUCCGCGGACCCGUCUGGAACGGAUUAAUCCACUUUCCAUUACUUUCAAUGGGAAAGUUCGCUUCAGGUUAAGUACGCUUCAGGUUAAGUACAGACUUCCGGAACCAGUUGUGUUUGUAAACCGAGGUACCACUGUACUAGCAUGGGAUGCCUGCACACAUCCACUCAUCGGAUGGCCUUGGAUGGCCUACAAAUCCCACAAGGCACUUCAGGGGAAGUGAAGAAGAAGCUGCCAUAGAUCCUUGAACUAGCUGCCUCUCCUACAAGCAAGCUUUAUGGACUGGGAGUUCGGAACAUAGGAAGCUGCCUUAGUACCGAGUCAGACCGUUGUUCCAAGUAGCUCAGCGAUGUCUGCUGACUAGCAGUGGCCCUUUAGGGGUUUCAGACGCAGGAAAUUCCCAGCCCUGCCUGGAGAUGAGGGGUUGAACCCGUGGCCUGCAUGCAAAAAAGCAGAACCACUGAGCUGUGGCCCAUUGCCCUGAUAAAUCUACACCUUCAUUACAGUUCCCUUUGCAUGUGGUUUGGGUUGCAUCUCCCUCCUUGGCGGGUAUUGGUACAUACAAAGCAAGCUGAAAUAAAUAAAUAAAUAAAAGCAAACCCUUUUGCUUAAAUAUCGGGGAACGUCAAAAGGGUUGAUUGCGCUAUGCUCAGCUGAAUAUUCAGCCAUGUCCGUAACUGGGCCAUCUUGUGUAGGUGGACUCACAAAUGUGCUCCCCGAACAGAGUUCAGGUGCAUACAGUUUGUGUGUUUCAGAUCCUGGAGACGUUGCGUCUUGGCGAACUUUAGGGAAUAAGUGUUAACUUUCCAGCUUCAGGAUGCAGGCUCAAGGUGAAGAGUGGGUGGCAAACGCCUGGCAUUCGGAAGCCAUUACGGUACUUCUGCCGAAAUAAAAAGUUCCACAUUUGCAAUGUGAUAAUGUACCCAUUUUCCACUACAUGGAGAUCACCUCGAUGGUGUUUUUGUUGUUUAAAAAAUGCAGUGCUGUGUGCAGUAACAGUCCCUAUAUAACAUGCCCAAACAAGAAGACCCACAAAUAUAUGGCUAAACAAAAAAUACACAAAAUUGCUUCCAGUAGCACCUUAGAGACCAACUAAGUUUGUCACAGGUAUGAGCUUUCGUGUGCAUGCACACUUCUUCAUAUAUAUGGCUAUACAAAUAUAUGGCUAUACAUUUUAUACUUCAGUUAGCAAACACUACAAACAGGACAAUACAUGAUGAUAAGAAUAAAACAGCUAGUUACAGAUACAAUUUGAUUAUUAAUUAUUUUUCAAAUAUGUCCCAAUUAAUACGGGACCUUUGGGAAAGGUUCUCAAAACGUUCUUGUGUAACCAAGUGAUUCCUCUGGUUCAUCAUUGGUUGGUAAGGACUCAUUUAACGGAUCGAUUUCCUUUUUGUCAAGAGACAAAAUGCAGAUUGGAUUUUUUAUGACACAAAGAGGCCAUUCCCGUUUUCUUCCCAGGAAAAGACAAGAACUAAGUACAUAUUAAGCUUAUUUGUGAAUUUGUGGGUCUUGUUGGUUGUGCAGUGUGUGUGUUUUAAGGACACACAUACCAUGUGUGAGGCAUGUGCGAUCUUUCUGAAUGUACUUUGGAAUAUUUUAAUCCAGUAUGCACCUGGCGUUGCAUGGGAAAUGCUGACACAGUUACUGCUGUUGCUUCCACUUUAGUACCUCCGUAUUUCGCCAUGCCUUAAACAUCACUCGGUGUAUUGGUACAAUAUUGUGUAUUGGCACUUGACACUGCUGGUUCUUUUUAUUUUUUAACUGUUGGUAGGAGGCCUACUGAUAACACACAGUACUGAGAGAAAGAAGGUGUGCAAGACUUGAGAUGUGACCUGCUUUUAAACUAUGAACGAAUAGAGCCUUGAAUGCACUCCAGAUGAACACACAGAUUUAGCAAAGGUAAAGGUGCCCUUGACCAUCAGGUCCAGUCGUGUCCCACUCUGGGGUUGCGGCGCUCAUCUCGCUCUAUAGGCCGAGGGAGCUGGCGUUUGUCCACAGACGGCUUCUGGGUCAUGUGGCCAGCAUGACAAACCUGCUUCUGGCGAAU